UUUGCCGCCCCUCAGAGCCCGUCGCUGGCUUUCUCCGAGGCUUCUGAGAAGGACGUCCAGGGCGCUGGCGAGAAGCCGCAGCUUGGCUCCAUGGAUGCUGUUUUGAUCAAUAUUUCGUAAAAAAUAAAUAAGGAAAUUAACAAAGCAAAUAUGUCUAAAUUCUCAAAGAACAUGCGCCGUAUCGUGGCUCCUAGGAGAAAUGCGCCCAGGGAUUUCUCUCUCAUGCCGCCGCCGCUGCCGCCAAAAAACAUCACCAGGAAGUACGGCGUCCGUGGAUCCAAGCAUGGGUCCGAGCAUGGAUUGCGCACGCCUUUGGCCGAAAUAAGCACGAAUGCUCCAUCGACCAGUGUCAGAAAGAGGGCUGGCGAUAAGGACAAGGAUGAUGGUAAGGACAAUGGUGGUACUGUUCCGUCGUCUCUGCCGCUGCGCAAGCCACGUACAAGUAUCAACUCUGGUGCCGAUGGGUUCGUCCUUGAUUUAGCGAGCAGCAGUGUGGAGCCUGAUCACGAUCCUCUGCGUGGCGCAACAGAGUUGGGUGACGAAUCAAUACCCGGCGGAUCAACUGGUAACCCAUCCACAUCGGCUGGAGAGGCACUCUGCCGGGGCGCAGCGCCGAUUGCUGCGUGUCCGGCAGCUGAGUCGGAAUCACAAAUACUCGCGCGGCUCAAGUCCAACUUCAAGUCUGAUAAUGCCAAUGGCAAUGUUGAUAUUGAUGAGCUGGCUCUGCUGUUUUUGUCGCAUGCACGCAAAAGGAAGAGAAAUCUGCCACAACCCUCCCACCCACUUCAGCCUAGUAACAGCAGUCUUUUACACUCCACUAUUGUUGACGAGGUCUUUAUGCUUUGUAAAACACACCGCUCGGCCUUGUAAAACCCAAGAAACUAAAGUAAAAAGGUCUCCAAAAAAAUUAUGCUGCUUAUAAAAAAACAAAAGAACAAAAAACAAGGCUCUUUCCAC